AUGGUCGAGGAGGGUAUUGUCCUUGGCCAUAAAGUUUCAAAAAAUGGCAUUGUGGUUGAUCUGGCCAAAGUUUCGGUGAUUGAGAAAUUGCCCCCUCCUACUUCUAUCACGGGAGUACGAGCUUUUCUUGGGCAUGCCGGUUUCUAUCGGAGAUUUAUCAAAGACUUUUCAUCAAUCGCCAAACCUUUGACCGAAUUACUAAAAAAUGAUGUUGCUUUUAACUUCAAUGAGGCUUGCCUUGAGGCAUUUUGUAAGCUCAAGGAAGCUCUCAUUUCCUCUCCCGUUGUGCAAGCUGCGGAUUGGAGCUUGCCUUUUGAGCUAAUGUGCGAUGCGAGUGAUUUUGCAGUGGUUGCCGUGCUUGGGAAAAAGAAAGAAGGGAAAUCAUGUGUCAUCUAA